UCCUUCCACCUUCCACCAUUAUCUUUUGCAAAUUCUAUAAAGUCCUGAUUCUAACCUUCUCUCAAAAUGAAGAAACAUGGCGGUAUCGACUCCCCCGCGUCGUUUAGCUGCUAUUCUUCUCGACUUGGACUUGAGAAGAAGCUUAACGAUCACGACAAGGUGUUUCGAGAAGUAGGAUGCUGCAUGGACAACCGAUGGUCCAAGGCUAUCCCUCCGCAGGAAUUCUUCGACAAGUUUCUUACAGAAUCGAACAAACGCAAGCCUGCUUAUUCCGCUGCUUCCAGAAAAGCAGUGAAGGAAGCUAUUACAGGGUAUAGGACGGAAUCUGAUGUCAAGCCAAGACACAUCGAGACUGCGAGGUACCACCCCUUGGUCACAGCUGUCGCAAAGUAUUGCCCAUCUAUCCAGCUUAAGAAGACUUGCAACGAUACAACAACUAUCACAUGGAACGAUCAUUCUGUCGCCUUCCGACCAGACAUCCAAGGAUACGACGUCGAUGUCACUGAAUUUUUCGUCGAAUUAAAGUCUCAAUCAAGGCUCGAUCCGUUUGCUGAAAUUCAGGAUGACUUGAGCGACAAUUUUUUCAUCGAUCGCGACACGAACGAAGCACGGAAAACUCGUGACCAGAUAUCCACCUACGCUGGGGGGGUCAUGGCGAGUCAGUUCCGAACGCACUGUUUUUCGGUCAUCAUCUUUGGACAUUACGCAAGGCUGAUUCGUUGGGAUAGAGCUGGUGCCACGGUCUCUGGACGUUUCCAUCUCUGGGACGAAUCCUUUCUCGUCGACUUUCUUUGGCGAUAUCACUCGGCUGAUCGUGAAGCGCGAGGGCACGAUCCUUGUGUCGUUCCUCUCAACCCAAAGACGCAGGAGAGGGAGAUUAUUCGUGUGAGGGAGAUCCUUGAGAUGGGAAAAGAGGAGGUCGUUUACAUGUUCACGAUUCAUGACGAAACCGACGAGGAAGAACACAUUUACUACGGCGGGAAGAUUGUCGUCACGCCACCGCCCACCCCUCGUGGAAGAUGCACAAAGGGCUUCCUCGUUACGACUCCUGAAGCGAUCAACAGUCCACAACCCGUUGCAUCUGAGGCCUUGAAGUCUAGCAUCCACUAUUUGAAGGUGACAUGGCGGAUUUUGACAAAGGACCUCGAGACUGAAGGGAAGAUUUAUGCAUCGCUGAAGAAUGCCAAAGUUCCUCACAUUCCUACACUUCUUGCUUCUGGAGAUUCGUCGGGAAGAUGGCAAGAUACACAAACCGAGUACAUGAGCAAACACCCUCCGAUACGCCACCAUCGACAUUAUUAUACGGUCUUUCGGGAAGUCGGGAAACCUCUGUCGAAGUUCGCGAACCUGGCAGAAUUUGUGGGAGCUCUGAGAGAUGCAUUAAAGGCUCAUCAAACAGCUUACGAGAAGCGUCAUAUACUUCACCGCGACAUCAGUGCUGCCAACAUUCUCAUCUUCAAUGGACGCGGCCUCCUUAUCGAUUGGGAGUUCAGCAAGGUCUACCUGCCCGAUAUUCCUCGAGAACCACGGCAGAACGAGAGAACGGGAACAUGGCAAUUCAUAUCAGCGCGAAUGUUGUUAUUGGGAGGGCAACCCGUGCGGCACACUCUGUUUGAUGACCUUGAGUCCUUCUUCCACGUUCUUUGUUGGGUGGCUAUACAAUACUCCCAGCACGCCAUGUCUGACCCUGAAGUCGUCACGUUCCUCAACGAUGUGUACGAUUACGCUGUUUACAAGAACGGGGAUGAUUGUGGAGGUGAGAACAAACGAUUGGCCUUCGUUGCGCAACGUUUUUCGAAAAAAUUCAAGUUCACAUGCCCACACUUUCGAAUCUUGGUGCAGGAACUUGAAGCCGCUUUUUGCUACUGGUACAACAACCAGGAGAUUCAGAACAGUGUUUCUGAUCCACGGAGUUGGACAACCGCAGAUAUCAUUGCGUGGAUUAGAAAUGUCGUGAUCGACCCAGAUGAUGUUGCGGAAAAGAUCGGCGCCCACAAUCUCACAGGGGAAUCCUUCGUGGAUUUGACUGACGAUAUUCUCGAGAAUUCAUUCGGGAUCACGGACCCAGACGAUCGCUAUUGCAUUCUGCAUGCCGUGAAGAACCUGAAGGAGGAGGCUAAGAGGAAAGAAGAGGUCGAUCAAAAGAAGCUAGCUAAACUGGACGACCACACAUGGAUGCUGGAGAUGUUCAGUCGCAUCACCAACCUUCUCUUCAGGACGCAGGUGGAACUUAUUCGUCCUUGCAUUCGGCCAGGUCUUCAAGAAGCCGUGAAGAACGCAGAGCCUGAAGGAGCUCGAGAACAAAAGACGAAGCGAACCCAUUCAGAACGAGCGGCCCUCGCACAAUCUCUCACUCAAGAUGCUAGCAGACAGCAGGAAAUGGGUGACGAUGAGGACGAUGAACCCGAACCGCAACAGAAGAAGCAACGGAAAUCCACAGUGCGACCCAAUAGGCAGCGACAGUCGCGUGGUCAGCCCGGCACUUCUAGACAAUCAAGAGUUUCAGAUCCUACUCAGACGGAAGUUGUCGUGCGUCGUAGUGCGAGGAUUCAGCAACACAAAGAUCGAUCCAGAUCACCAGGUGUUGCCAGUACUAGUAGGAGCCGGAGGAAGUCGCCGUCUAGUGGUUCGCGUUGAUGCACCAUCCUCUGUAUUUCUUUCCUUCAUCUAACCCUAUCUAUUCUCCGCCUAUUCCGUUACCGAUACCCUAAUACUUCGUAGCAACGAUCAUGCAUUCUUGCUAUUGUUCGCCCAUCCUCAUGGCAUAACUUUAGAUAUUACUACUGUACUUUAGACUUCUUUUCUGUGACUUGUGUACUCGUACCUUCCAUCCGAUACGAAUGUAGCGAUAGAAUCCAAAUGAAAGCCACGAAUCGCA